CAGGUACGAUGGGUUGUAACCGGGCAGCUGCGAGUUGAUGUCAGAUUGGAACUUCUAAAACCUGUCCAAAAAGCGCCGCGUGUAAGUUUAUUCAAUGUACUGGAAGUCUGUGAAGGAGGCAAUCAUUUGAACGAACUUUAUGAAUGUUUGCUGAAGUAAAUUUGGCAGCAAAAUCCAAUUUUGAACACGGACUUCGGCAAAGCGUCACCUUAUAGACAAUAAAAUGUCUUUUAAAGAACAGCAUUUUAAAAUACGGGGGAAUUAUUUUCGAGAGCUUGGAAUAUUGCUGCUUGUGAAUUGUGCAGGCAUGUUCUCGGGAUGUGUGCUACAUUGAGCUUGCUGCUUGGAUAACUCCAGAUUUGCUGCAUUUCUUGACAAACAAAUCCGAAAUUAAGCCUCGGCUGCAAAUAUCUAAUUGUUAUUUAUGUAACUGGCCUCUUGUGGGGACGAAGGGAGUUUGCUCUGGUCCCUGGUUGUAAGCAUGAGGCGACAAAUGACCAAGUUUGCAAGGAGGGUACAGCCAUGCAUUGUGUCUUUUUAAGGCAAUUACAACUUUUAACUUGAUGGCUCCGAGUGAGUUUUCGUGGAUAAUGUUUGUCGUUAACCCACGGGCCUGCUUGAAGUUCCAAGCAAAUGUUUUUGACAGGAGCAGGUGCCAGAAUUGUUUCAAAGCCUUUGAUCUGCAUCGAAAAGACUGCAGUCGCGAUGACAACCAGCUGCAGUAUGGCGGUGUUGGCCCGAAUCUGCACACCAGCGCGUUUACAGAAGGAGGUCUGCACUUCAUUUCUCCAGACUGGAAUCUGUACUGCGGAAGCAGCCCCGAGGAGCUGACUGCCAGCUGGCAGGUGGACUCGAGAAUGCACAAUCCAUUGACCAGUCAGAUCGGCAGGAAGUGGUCAGCGGACUCAUCCUCUCGGAUCUCAGAGUUAUCCAGCAUGGCGGGGUCCAGGGGCCACCUGUUCAGAGGAGAGUGGACACCGGGGUCUAAUGUCUCCACACUGCAGGGAGAGGGCCGGAGCAGAGACCUGCACACUGAGAAUCCAACGUGGGCCCAGUCGCACAGCCGAAUGAACCCAGUGGGCUCACGGGCAGGCCCAGAGCUGGCGAGCGCUGAGCGAGUGGCUGGCCACAAGCCUCGGGUGGAAAGUGGGUAUUUCUCCUUGGAGCGAGCAAAGUCGGACUCUGUCCACAGCCAGCCCCCCGAUGGGCGCCGCACUGCAGGAGGAGGAGGAGGGCUGCUCAACCUCAGCCGGCUGACCUCGUCCCAGAGCUCCUUUGAGUCGGAGUCGAGCGGGGGCACAGCCUCCGCCGUGGGCAACUUUGAGUCCAGGCUCCUCCGCAGGGACUACACAGCACUGGCGGACAUCCCAAAGCCCAAGAGGAUCAUCGGCCGAGAGAAACUGGAGCAGGACUGUAAACAACUGGGACAGAGGACGCGGACACGGAGCCCCGGGCGCGAGGAGGUGGAACGUUUGUUUGGGCAGCAACGCAGGUUGGAGCAAUUGCCAGUUACUGAGGCAUAUCGUGACUUCAUCCCUACCAACGUGGGUAGAACACAAAGAGAACCUACAAUAUCCCAUCGCCUCGAGGAAGAAUCAAGCAUGAGUAAGGUCUAUCCCAGGAAAUUUCAACAGAAAGAGACCGACCGGGAAGCCUCUCAGCGGACUUUCUCCAGAAGCAAAACACGAGAUGCUCCCACAGACACUAAGUACGACGUGCCUGACAGAGGUGUCUCAAAACAGGCCUCCUCAUUCUCAGUGAAAACCAGUCACCGAUAUCUAACACAACAGCGUGAUAAGAUGGAUACGAAGGUUUACUCCCAAAAAGACGAACUGACCAUCUGCACUAAAUGCUCCCGCAUUGCUUUGGAAGCUAACAAGGUAGAUGGAAAGUUUUCGAAAGAAGACUCAAGUUCAUACACUGGAUAUCUGCAGUCUGCUGCCAAGAAGGACAACAAAUUCUCCUCACAGAGUGGCCACAUGGGAUAUCUGCGAUCUAGCACCAAAAGAGACGAGAUUGAAGCAAAUUUCUCUGAACGGACUCCUCACCCAGGGAAUGCUCGGGCUUUCUCCAGGAGUGAUCGGACUGAAAGAGGAUUCACAACCAGGACCAAGCCCACCUCACCACACAAAGAAGUCUAUCCACAGACAGCAGACAAGCAGGAAAAGGUGGACAGAGGAUUCUCCAGUAGGACCAUCUCAAAUUCAGUGAACAAGGGUGUCUCCAAACAGACAGCAGAUAAGAAUGGAAAGACUGACAGAGGAUUCUCAAACAGGGCCGCUUCAAGCUCGCUGAACAAAGACGGCCGUUUGUCGACAGCUGGCAAGCACAGCAAGCCAGACCUCCUGAAUUUCAAGAAGGGUUGGAUGUCCAUUCUGGGUGAUACUGGCGAGUGGAAGAAACACUGGUUUGUUCUGACAGACUGCAGCUUGAGAUAUUACCGAGACUCCACAGCGGAGGAGGCUAAUGACCUGGAUGGAGAGAUCGAUUUGCGGAACUGCGGCAACGUCACGGAGUACCAGGUGCAAAGGAACUAUGGGUUCCAGAUCCAUACCAAGGAAUUUGUGUACACCCUGUCGGCAAUGACCUCUGGGAUUCGGAGAAACUGGAUCGAGGCUCUCAGGAAGAACGUUCGUCCAAACUCUUCGCCCGACGUGACAAAGAGGAACAGCUGGAUGAGAACCCCACCUUCAAAAGCCAGUUUAACAGACAGCAAUAAGGAGAACACUUUCCGUGACGUGAUCACCAGGAGGACUACAGGGAGACAGGAGGCAGCGUCUGCAGAUAGGACGUGGGGGAGCCGCAGAACAGACGGCCAUGAACAGCGCUUACCCGCCCACGACUGCGUGGAGCUGGAGCCCGUGCAGCAGCCAUGCGCACUGGAGCCCCCUGACUCACGCAUGCAGAAUCCCACGCUGGCCAGUAUGCGCAUCCCGGAGCCCGGGCCACUGCGCGGGCAGGACUCGGUCAGGGCGGACGAAUUGCAGCACGAUCAGGCGCAGCGGAUCGCCGAGCGGAGCAGGUGGUUCGAGUCCACGGCCCCCAGCGACGGCCCGAGGAAAGGGACGGACUGGAGCCUCGAGCCCAUCCACAUCCCCGAGGCCCUCAGCAAAGACAUUGAGGUGAAGUGGCAGGAGCUGGAGCGCAUCCCUCUGCGGGACCACAAGCAGGUCCCCCUCAUCUGCAUGCGGCCUUCCCCAUCCGGCCAGAGUGACAGUGGGACAUCGGCGACCACAGAGCGGCUGGAGAAGGAGAUCUCCGCCCUAAAUCAACAGCUGGAUGAAAGCAGGAAAGAGCUCGAAUCUUUUCGGGAGCAGAGUUUCCGGCUGCAGGGGCAGCUAAACGCAUCCGAGGACCUGAAAAAGCCGGGGGCUCCUAAAGGCUUCAUCUCUCAGGCGACCUGCGAGCGAAGCUUCAUGGAGAUGGAGAAAUCCCACCAGAAGGCAAUGGAGGAGCUUCAGAGGCAAUACCAGCGGGAGUUGGAGAGGGUCCAGCGGGAGAAAGAGCAGCUGCUGUCAGAAGAGACCAACGCCACCAUCGCCGCCAUUGAAGCAGUGAAGAAAGCACACCGCGAAGAGCUGCAGAGGGAGAUGGAGAAAAUGCGCUGCACGCAAAGCAUUGCGGCGAACAGCGAUCUGGAGAGACUGCACAAGCAGCACCAGAAGGAGCUGCAGUCGCUGCAGCGGGAACUGCAGGUGCUGUCGGAGCAGUACUCCCGCAAGUGCCGGGAGAUUGAGUGCCAGGUGAAGGAGACCCAGCUGCGGGAGAAGGACCUGUCGCGGAGCCAGCUGGAGAACAAGGAGCUGCUGCGGCAAAACCAGGAGCUAAACGGUCAGUUGUCGGAGGAGAUAGCACGGAUACGAGAGCUCGUUACAGGGAAGAGCCAAGAUAGCACAGCCAGUUUACCUGUGACAGGUGACAGAGACAGCUGUGAACUGGAGAUGUUGCUGCGGGUGAAGGAGAACGAAGUGCAGAAUCUCAGGAAGGAAACGCUGUGCCUACGCGAUGAGCUUCAGACCAUGCAGUGGGACAAAAAGUACGCCACGGACAGGUACAACGAUAUUUUCGUGGAAUUGAGCGUCAUGAAGGUGAGAACGGAGCGCGAGUUAUGCCAGGUGAAAGAGCAGUUGAAGCUGGCACUGUCCGCACUGAAAGAGAAAGAAUCUUUACAGGACAGCGGCGCGAAAUAACGGCUCCCCCUUGGCCUUGCCACAGAGGAAGAGACCCAGCGAUCAAGCCCUCAGUCCCGACCAGAGGUUCGGAAUUUCCUGUGGAUGCGGAGGUGCCAGGAAGACUCGCUCCGUGCCUUUCUUCUGGUCCUACUGUUUAAUAACGGCUCCCAAUGUCGAAAUUGCUGUGAAAUUAAAACUGAAUAUAUAUAUAUAUAUAUAUAUAUAUAUAUAUAUUAUGUAUACACACCGGAUAGCAGUUGUCACCUGUUCCGUUCAACCCCCUCAUCCAUCCUAACCCCUUGCACAGUUGCUGUGGUAACCUUCAACCACUAGGCAUUGGCCUACUUUUCCAAUGCGUCCGAGUUGGCGGCUGUUAAAACCGCAGUGUCUCUGUGCUGGGAUGCCCCCCUCCAGCCUCUCGGCUUUGUACUGGAAGGCACACCAUAGCCGAUUCCAGCAUCCAGGGUGGCCAACUCGAGCUGGGGCUGCUCCCCUGAGCUUCUCGUCCCUCGUUCCGCCCAGCCCGCCUCCCCACCCGCUGAGUUGCCGGUGGGAAUAGUCGUGGACCGCUGGGGUCGUGUGUGCACGCUGACCCACCGCCACGCUCUGGAGAUGGAAUCAGGAGGGUUCUACCUGUGCGGUGGGAAUUCACCCUCCCUGCCGUACGGAUUUCUUGAACUUGUCGGUUCAAAAGACUUUGUUCCUCCCCACCCCACCCCCCCCCCCCCGGCCCCAGCUUUUUAUAACUGUCAGCAUUGAUCUUUAAUGCCCUGAAAUCUUCCUCCCAGCGAUCCUCAGGGCAACUUCCAGGGAGUGAACCAGCCUUCUCCUGGAAAUCCCGGGAUGGAGCAAGCAGUUGGUGACCCGAGCUGGGAAUUAGCUCCAUUUAAGCAGGGUGCUCGGGGUGGGGGGGGUUUCAUUCAGGAGCCGUCUCUGCCCUCCUCGACUAUCCAAGCCGAGCGACAAGUGGCUGAGGAAGAAAGGAAGUGUAUUAUUAUGUUAGGUGCUGUGUCAGAGUCCAGCUCAGUCUGUACCCUGCGUGGACAGAUGCACGUGAUCUUUUUUCAGAAGCUCCCUCAGCCCAGCAGGUUUUACAGACAAAGGCAUUCACUCCAUCAAGCCUAUUCAACCAUUCAGUUUGAGGAGAGUCCCCUCUCUCCCAUCUCAGUUUUCAAAAUCCUUGAUGCGCAUAUCCAAUGGGACAUGUAAGGAUAGGGUAUAAGGACACCCAGAGGUGGAGCAGACCUGCCACAGGGUAUCUAAACACAACGACUAAAGACACUUAGGAACUUUCCUCUACCUUCCUCUCCCCGGUUUCCUUACAGGUAUACCAUAAGACACCAGAGCAUAAUUAGGCCAUUCGGCCCAUUCAAUCUGCUCCACCAUUGGAUCACGGCUGAUUUAUUUUCCCUCUCAACCCCAAUCUCCUGCCUUCUCCCCAUAACCUUUGACUCCCUUAUGCUGCUUUCAACGUACCCAGUGACUUGGCCUCCACAGCCAUUGGUGGCAAUGAAUUCCACAGAUUCAUCACCCUCUGGCUGAAGAAAUUCCUCUUCAUCUCUGUUCUUAGAACCAUAGAACAUUACAGCACAGAAACAGGCCUUUUGGCCCUUCUUGGAUUCACCAUCUGGCAGCUCAUUCCACACUCACACCAUUCUCUGCGCAAAGAAGCCCCCCCCCCCCCCAAUGUUCCCUUUAAACUCUUCCCCCUUCUCCUACGCUCCAGGGAAUAAAGUCCUAACCUAUUCAACCUUUCUCUGUAACUCAGUUUCUCAUGUCCCGGCAACAUCCUUGUAAACCUUCUCUGCACUCUUUCAACCUUAUUAAUAUCCUUCCUGUAAUUAGGUGACCAAAACUGCACACAAUACUCCAAAUUCAGCCUCACCAAUGUCUUACACAACAUCACCAUUACAUUCCAACUCUUAUGCUCAAUACUUUGAUUUAUAAAGGCCAAUGUACCAAAAGCUCUCUUUACAACCCUAUCUACUUGUCAUGCCACUUUUAGGGAAUUAUGUAUCUGUACUCCCAGAUCCCUCUGUUCUACUGCACUCCUCAGUGUCCUACCAUUUACCCUGUAUGUUCUACCUUGGUUUGACUUCUUUAAGGAACGUCUUUCAUUCUGAUGCUGUGUCCUCUGGUUCUCGGCUUUCCCACUAUCAGUACUCUUCAGAGAUCGUCUGCCUGGUGUGAGUGGUCACAUAACCAGGACUUGUGAUCUGCACCGGCUGCUCAUUCAACCGUCCACCACCUGCUCCCAUGGCUUCAUGUGACCCUGAUUGGGGGGGGGGGGGCAGUAGUGCUACACCUUCCCCAAGGGUGACCUGUGGGCUAGAGGAGGGAGAAAAUGCCUCACACCUCCUUUGCUAGAGACGUAUCUCCACCUCGCCGCUCACGAAGCAUCCCAGUGAGGGUUUAAAACUCUGAGGCAGCAUAUUAUCAUAAUGACCUACCCACGGCCUUCGGCUGGUUCCUCUGACACAAACACCUCGUGUUUGCAAAAUUACCAGCUCUCCCUGGACAGGAAUGCCUUCUCUGUGAAUCUUUGGGUGGCCAGCUGUCAGUGAGGAACUCCAACGACACCCCCAUCCCAUGGAUUUUGAAGUCUUGGAUUCCACAUUGCCUGUUACAUUUCUAAAUGCACCCCCAAUAUUGCCAGUUGCAUCCACGGUCCUACAGGUUACAGAUCAAGAUGGAAGAUGGUCCCUCAUCGCAAUAAGUCACAGCAGUGUGGCCUGGAGUGUGAAGCACUGGAGUGGCUGAUAAUGUAUCAAAGAAGCUACUGUGAUAUGAAGCAAGUGUAAUAUUCUAAAGAGUAUUUUCAUUGUAGAUUAGCAUAUAAAAUAAAUUUGUUAAGUAUGAGUGAAA